GUUUUUUCUCCCUCCGUAGAGCCGAAAAAACAAGGGCAUCCAUCGGUCUCUUAAUCUUCCUCACAUCUCAUCACCGAGUCUUAACGCCAGGCUGAAAUAUAUCAUUUCUCGAGGCGCUGUGUUAAGAGUACCUAGUGUCUCCUUCCUACCUGGUGGUUUGUUUUCAGCCUGCGGGGGAUUGCCGAGCCGAGCGGCAGGGGCGUGAGAGGCGGAUGCUGCGAGCGUAGAGGCUGGGUACCAACCAGGAGCAUCACCGCACUCAUCACGAUGGACAGAAUGAAUUUUCUCUCCUUCUUCCUCCUUUGCUUGACUUCGGUUGCCAAUGGCAACAAAGCCAAUAAGCACAAGCCAUGGAUCGAGACAGAGUACCAGGGGAUUGUCAUGGAGAACGACAACACCGUGCUACUCAAUCCCCCUCUCUUUGCCCUGGACAAAGAUGCUCCACUACACUACGCUGGUGAAAUCUGUGGCUUCCGGGUACACAAUGGCCCCUCGGGUUCAGGUUCAGUCCAGUUCGAAGCGGUGGUCCUGGACCGCUCCACUGGCGAGGGUCUGGUCCGGUCCAAGGAGCCGCUGGACUGUGAGAGCCAGCGAGAGCACAGCUUCACCAUCCAGGCCUACGACUGCGGAGAGGGACCUGACGGAGUCAACAGCAAGAAGUCCCACAAGGCCACAGUGCAUGUUCGUGUAAACGACGUCAAUGAGUUCUCCCCCGUGUUCGUUGAGCGUCGCUACGAGGCUUCAGUCCCAGAAGGGCGUCUGUUUGACCGAAUCGUGCGUGUGGAGGCUCUGGAUGCUGACUGCUCCCCGCAGUACAGCCAGAUUUGCUUCUAUGACAUCAUCACUCCCAAUGUGCCCUUCGCUAUUGACAAUGAUGGUAACAUUAAGAACACAGAGCCACUGGAUUCGAAGCAUCAGCGCGUUUACACCUUCUGGGUGACCGCCUUUGACUGUGGAAAGAACCGUGCUCAGGCUGAUGCCCAGGUUGUUGUCACGGUCAAGCCGUCCUGCAAACCUGGCUGGAUCGGAUGGACCAAGCGUGUGGAGUAUACACCUGGGUCAGGUAGCAUCCCGCUGUUCCCCAGCCUGCAUCUGGAGACCUGCGAAGAGACCGUGUGGAACAUCCAGGCCACCGUGGAGCUCCAGACCGGCCACAUUGGGAAGGGCUGUGACCGAGACAGUUACUCUGACAGAUCUGUGCGACGACUGUGUGGUGCUGUCAGGGGUGAAGUAGACCUCCUCCCACCUCCGUCUCCUGCUGCCAACUGGACCUCAGCUCUGCCCACUCUCCCCUCUUCUGAUUCAUCUCUGGUCUUCUCCUUCAACGGAUCCAACCAUGUUGCUGUGGUGCCCGAUUCGGUUGUCUCAGCUUUGUCAGGUGACCACUUCACCCUGCAGCUGUGGAUGCGAAGGGGUGGCGCCAAUAUCCAGGCUGCCACCACUCAGACCAGAGGAAAUCGCAAGGAGGAGGAGAUAAUUGUGUGCAGCACUGUCAAGAACGAUGACUCCUUCUCACACUAUUCCCUCUCUGUCCACGGCUGCCGCCUAUCUCUCUUCUACUGGCCCGACGUCUCAGCCGCACGGCCCGUCAAGUUCUUGUGGAAAUUGGAGCAGGUGUGUGACAGCGAGUGGCAUCAUCUUUCACUCAGUGUCCAGUUCCCCUCGGUGACCCUGUAUGUCGAUGGUGUGACCUUCGACCCCGCCCUCAUCCAUGACAAUGGAGCCAUCCCCAACCCUGCCCCCCGCCAGAGAAUGUUCAUCGGCGCCUGCUGGGAGCCUGAAGAAAAGCAGAAGGAGAUACUUAACAACACCAUCCCUGAGGGUAAAGACUCAGUGAAGUAUGUGGGCGGCUACCAUGGCCUGUUGUCCGGGGUGACGGUGCGUCCCGGCAGCGUGGAGCCUCACAGCGUGGUCGAGUGUCUGUACGCCUGCAGGGAGGGCCUGGACUUUGGAGACCUGGAGACUCUGGGCUCUGGCAUGAAGGUUCAUGUGAACCCCAGCCAGUCGGUGUUAGUACUGGAGGGAGACGACAUUGAGAGCUUUAACCGUGCAGUGCAGCAGGUCACCUACAGAAACUCUCUACGCUUUGCCACUCCUGGAGUCCGACCACUGAAACUUACCACCUCUCUCAGAUGUUUCAACGAGGAGAGCUGCCUGUCCCUCAAGCAGCUGGAAGGAUACCUGGUGGUUCUCCAGCCUGAUGCCCCUCAGAUCUCUCUGUCUGGUGUCGGCCCUCAUCUGGCUCGACCUGCCCCUGAGUUUGAAGGUCCUCGUGGUGUCCCCCUUUUCCCUGAGCUCCGGAUAGUGUGUUCCUUGUCUCAUGCUGUCAACACGGCUGCACAGGGGAUGGAGGGUGGAGCUCUGAUGUCCGAUGCAGUGGCUCACACUUUGGAUGGCUGUGAGGUCCAACCACUGGGGGAGGAGUUAAACCCGGAGAGGGAGGAGCUUCUUGUGGACAUGGAUGUUGUGCGAGAGAGGGGACUGGAAAUCAUCAAUACCACUGCUUAUAUUGCCAUCACAGGUGCUGAAUCCAUCUCUGUGUACGAGGAUGUCCUUCGCUCAGUCCGCUACCGACUGGCUAAAGGCUCAGCCCGCUUUGAGAGGCGGUUCCGCCUGUCCUGCUCUGAGAUGAAUGGCAGAUACACCAGCAAUGAGUUGACACUGGAGGUAAACUUCCUCCACUCUCUGGACAGUCUGUACCACCCAUCCCAUUUGCUGGCAUCCCAGCAGCAAUUUCUCCAUCCAUCUCACCAUGCUGGGGAGCUGAGUGGACACACCCUCCCCAAUCCACACCGCAACUCAGUGGUGCCAGGAGCCGCCACCGUCAUCAUAAUGGUGUGUGUGGGUUUCCUGGUUGUUAUGGUGAUCCUUGGUGUUUUCCGAAUUCGGUCCAUCCAUCGCCGUGGUGAAGGUGCCAGGGGCGGGGCUAAGGAGGGCAGCAGCCAAUGGGACGACUCUGCCCUCACCAUCAUCGUCAACCCUAUGGAGUCCUAUGAGUCUCGCAUGGGCAUCUCUGCUGACAUGGAGGGGGAGGGGGAGGAGGAUGAGGAGGUAGCCGAGUCACCUGACGAUGCCAGCGACGACCAACGAAUUAUCAUCAAGAAGGAGGGGAGGGACGGCAACGCCCGUCGUUACUGAACCACAUGUGUCGCUGCAACUGUUCUCAUGGAAACCACAAACCGGCUCACCAGUCACACACUCCAACACUUUUAAUAUCAACGACUGCUGACACCACUAGUAUAAGGAAUGUAUGCUUACAAACACUACGCACAACACAGUCACUGUAAUACUCUUGACACUCAAUGCCAUAUGUGACCUAUAGCCAACAACAGGCUGUUGUUCUCCACUUAAAUGUUCAAUGGCACAAUGUAUACAGUUAAUGUAAUUUAACCGCCUGAGCAAAACCCACCAAUAUUGUAUGUGGUGCACCAGUUCUAAAUCACAAGAUGGUAAUGUGUCUGUAUAGUGUAAUACUGGUUGAAUGAGACUCAUUUUGUUUUAAAAAAACAGAUUGUAUUGUAUCUUUUGUUAUUGAACACAGAAUGAAAUCUUUACAAAGUGAAAACUGGAACAAUCCGCAACAUGCCGGACUUGAAUAGAUCUGUAGGCAAAGACACAAAGCCUUCAUCCCUACAUGUCUCUGCAUUCCCUUGUUAGACUGACUCGAGAAGUCUGUGCACAAGCUCUUUUCUCCCUCUUUGCAUCCUCUCUCAACACAUUCCUCAACCACUGUUAACCACAGAGUGAAGACAGUGAGGUCAGACAUUACGGUCACUCUCCAACUUAUUUAUAAAAACUAAAAAAACGCUACACCUGCAGGUGAUUUUGUGACUGCUUCAGCUCCCGACAAUAUUUUAUGUGGUGCUGAUGAUGAGAUGAGAAGAUUUAGGGACUAUCAACCAUAAACCUCAUCCUUUACACAAGAUGGUAGUUUCAGAAAACUGUCACUAAAUGACAAAACAUCACCAUCCACAGUAAAACUGGUGCAACCUGACCUCUGACCCCCUCCCACAGUGACCGCUGGAAUGUCUAACUCACUCACUCACUGCACAUUGCAUUUACAAUAACUGCGAGACGUCACAUGCAAUCGCACACAAACACAUAUACACACUCCAUUGUGCUACCCCUGCUGUUUCCAGAAUGUCAGCUCAGCUUGGGCAGUAUUGAUUGUAUUGAUUGUAAUGAAUUUUCUGUACAUACAAUGAUGAAUAUUAUGAUAUUAUUGUUAUUACUAUUAUUAUUGCAGCCACUCUUUUUCUGCCAACUUUGAAAAGGGAGCAAGUUAUUAAUUUCCUUUUUUUCUUCCAUUUGAGUAAUCACCUUUACAGCAUCAAAAAACAGUAUAAUAAUAAUAAUAAUAAUAAUAGUAGUAGUGAUAAGGAUGAUAAUCCCUGGCUUGAUGAGUGUCUCUUAAUUUGUGUGUAAUAUUGUUGUAAUUAAAAGAACCUGUCAAUAUCUAAAUCACAUAAAAAGGAGGGCACAUUGUUGUGAUACUUAGAUAAGUCUCACUUAUUUCAUCUCUCACGCUUCCAGGUAGUUUUUUUUCUUAUUUUCUUCUUUUUUCACUCCAUGCAAUAUCUUUGGUUCAAUGAAUGUACAACCGUAUGCUUCUCUUCACCUUUUGCCUCUGCUCCCACUGCCUUUUUCCUACACCUCUCCCUCUGUGUCUCUUGCUGUCUGUCUGUGUAGCCUAUCAAUGUGCAGUGCUAAACCUGUCAGUAAUAAAAAGCCUGUCGUUUUUGAGUGUGAUCUUAAGAAGGAAUAAACAUUGCAUUGAUUAAUAACUUAUAUUAUUACUAUGUUACUAUUGGAACAUUACCUGUAAUUAUUGAUACAAUGAUGACAAGGAUUAUGCUGACUAACUGUUAUUGCAAACUGUCAGAAAACAUUACAAAAUUCAUAAUAAAAACACGAUAUGACGUCUU